AUGAAAGCAUCUGCAUUUCUCAUUGUCCUCCUAAGCUCCUUAGCAAUGGCAAUCACACCGGCACAAUCCCUGAUGCCCUACACGAGAUCAUCACUGUGGGACAUGCUGCUCCCUCCAGAGGACCCGUUCAGGAUCCUGGAACAGAGUCCCCUGACCAUCCCCGCCAAAGGGUUGGAGACAAUGGGGACGACGGCGCUGGCUCUGGCGAGGGCGGACUGGAAGGAGACGGCGAACUCACACGUGAUCUCUCUGGACAUCCCGGGGAUGAAGAAGGAGGACGUGAAGAUCGAGGUGGAGGAGAACAGAGUGUUGCGGAUCAGCGGGGAGAGGAAAGGCGAGGAGGAAGUUGCAGGGGAGAAGUGGCACCGGGCUGAGAGGGCUGCGGGGAAGUUCUGGAGGCAGUUCAGGUUGCCUGGGAAUGCUGACUUGGAGAAGGUGAAUGCGAAGCUGGAGAAUGGGGUGCUGACGAUUACUGUGCCGAAAGUUGCCGAGGAGAAGAAGAAGCAGGCGAAGGUGAUUGAUAUUGCGGAGGAGAAGAAAGGCGGCUCUGUUCAGAACAUUGAGGCUACUAAGGCUGCCGCUUGA